AUGAAUAGAGUCCUUCACAUAUCUCCGUUCGCGAAGCCUGACCAAGAUGACGAUACUCUUGUCCGAGAAGACAAAAAACUUGGUUAUGAUCCUACAGCAAUAGAAUUUUUUAACUACAGCCAGUUCCUAAUAAUGUGCGGCUCCAAUCGUCAGGUCACUCUUUACAGUCGUGAAGGAACAACGCUGGGUACAGUUGCACAAAUGGAUGCAUGGGUAUGGACGGUGAAAGCUAGACCGAAUACAAACGCAAUUGUUGUUGGUUGCGUGGAUGGUACAUUGGCAUGCUACCAGUUAAUGUUUAGCACAGUUCACGGAUUGCAUAAAGAGCGAUAUGCUUAUCGCGAAAAUAUGACCGAAGUAGUCGUGCAACAACUUGCAAAUCAAACAUCCAUCAAAAUUUACUGUAACGACUUAGUUCGCAAAGUCGCUGUUUACUAUAAUCGUUUAGCAGUGCAGCUCACCGGACGUGUUGAAAUAUAUCGUCUUAUGAUAGAGCGCGAUGGUGGACAACUGGAAUAUAGACUGGUUGAGCAAAUAAACCGUGCUUUCGAAUGUUCAUUGCUUGUGAUCUGCGCGCAUCAUCUGAUACUCUGUCAAGAACGACGCUUGCAGUGCUACGACCAUAAAGGACUUAAACAACGGGAAUGGCUUCUUGAAUCUCUGAUACGUUAUAUAAAAGUCGUUGGAGGACCACCGGGACGAGAAGCCAUAUUAAUUGGUUUGCGAAAUGGAGCUGUAUGUAAGAUUUUUGUGGAUAAUCCGUUCAUAACAGAAAUACUGCGUUUAAAAAGUGCUAUCAGGUGCCUUGAUAUCAGCCAUUUGAGGAGAAAGCUUGCAAUCGUCGACGAAACCGGAGUUUGCACUACUUUUGAUGUUAAAACUAAACAGCUUCUAUUCCAAGAGCCAUCAUGUAACAGUGUUGUCUGGAACGCUGAUCAAGAGAAUCUUUUGUGUUACUCUGGUAGUGGCGCACUAUGUAUUAAAGCUGAUAAUUUCUCUCCGCAUCAACAGAGAAUGCAAGGUUUUGUGGUUGGAUUUUCAGGAAAGCGUGUCUUCUGCUUACAUAUGUUUGCCAUGAUUGCAGUGGAAGUGCCUUUGUCCAAUCAGUUGUACCAAUACCUUGAACAGAAAAUGUACAAAGAAGCGUACGAUUUGGCAUCAUUGGGUGUAACAGAAGGUGACUGGGAAGUUCUUGGUCAUGAUGCUUUGCAUAACUUCCAACUCGAUAUUGCCCAAAAAGCUUUCCAUAGGAUUAAAGAUGCACGUUACCUUCAAUUGAUCUCGGAGAUCAAGGACAUGAUAAAAAAGGAUGCGAAAAAGGAGCUGAUGCUGGGAUUUAUAAAAGCUUAUGAAGGCAGAUAUCGCGAAGCAGCGAUAUUGUUCCGGAAAACCGGAUGUGAACAAAAAACGCUGGAAAUGUUUACAGACUUGCGUAUGUUUGAUCAAGCCCAGGAACUAUUAUCCUCCGCCUCCGGAGAAACUCAAAAAACUCUGCUGCGAAGGCGUGCUGAUUGGGCACAGAAUUCAAAUGAGCCCAUGAUUGCAGUCGAAAUGUUUGUGGCUUCAGGCGAUUACGAUAAAGCAGUUAAUCUUAUGAUCAAAAACAACUGGAUUGACAUGUUGAUCAAUCUUGCACAUCGUAUUGACCGGAGCAAUGUUGAUGUAUUGCGCACGAUUGGAAAUUACUUGGCAAAAAAAGAAGAAUACACCCUUGCCUCCCAAUUAUUCCAAUCAAUCAAUGAUAUUCAUGCCUUAGUAAACAUGUACGUCGGUGCGGCUAUAUGGAAUGAUGCAUUUCUAAUAGCAGCAAAGUACCAGAAAUAUAAUGAAGAAGUUUACCUGCCUUAUGCACGUUGGUUAGCAGAAAACAAUCAUUUUGAUGAGGCUCAAAAAGCCUACCAUAUGGCUGGGCAUGAUAUGGAAGCAUUACAAGUUUUGGAGCAGCUAAUAGAAAAUGCGGUUAGGGAGAAUCGUUUUGUUGAUGCUGGCUAUUAUAAUUGGAUGCUAAGCAUGCAAUAUUUGGAACGAUACAGUGGAGAUCCUGAAUUAAUUGAAAAAUUUCUGGAUUUUAGUAAUAAAGCGAAUUGCUACUAUGCUUUCGAUGUCAUUCAUAAAUAUCUGGCUGAACCAUUUACGAGCUGCCCAGCCGAUGCUCUAAUUAAUAUUGCUCGUUAUUUGGCUUUUCAAAAGGAAAUUUACAAGAUAUCACGAGUGAGCAUAUUAUACACUUUAAUGAAGCAGGGCCAAGUACUGGGUGCUUACAAAUUAGCACGAUAUGCUUUAGAGCAGCUCAGUUAUUUGAAAACUCCACGUCGUUUUGAAAAGCUUAUUGAAACAGAUGCUCUAAUGAUCAGAUCCAAACCGUUUACUGAUGCAGAGGAAUUGCUGCCGAUGUGUUAUAGGUGUGGUAUCUCUAAUCCUCUCGUUGGCACUAAUGAAUGCAUACAUUGCAAAACUCCGUUUAUUUUAUCAUUUGUAUCAUUUGGGAACGAUGAUAUAAAUUUGGAGGAAGCUCGACAGCUGAUCAGUGCUGAACCCCCUCUUGGUCAGAGUAAAAAUCCCUUACAGGAGCAGAUGAACCUGAAAACUGGCAAAGUUGUGGCAGAUCGUGAGACGCUGCUCAUGUUGGAAAAGCAACAGGUUAUAAUUGCUGAGUGGCCGACACCAUUCGUUACUCGUUUUUAUUACAAUGUAAUACCAGAAAUCUCAAUAACUCAAUGCAAUUCUUGUUAUCGUAUGUUUCAUGCGGACGAUUUUGAAAUGGCAUGCCUAAAGACUGGAGCGUGUCCCUUUUGCCAUGUGGCUCCAUAA